AUAAAUAGUUAGGGCCUACCUACAAAUGGAAAUUCUUAAUUUCGAGGGGAAAUGAAAGUUUGGCUGAGGAUACAAAAUUCCAAAUAUUUUAGCUUUGCAGUUUUAGAGUAAACGUUUCGUCUUCAUAAAAGAACUUUGUUUGCUUGACUAUCCUACACUGAGAUAAUCAGGAUAUAGUCUAUAAAUAGAACAGAGAAGUAGUGGAAAGCAGAGAUUAUAACAUCAGAAUGACUUUGAAAUGGACAAAGGUUUCCAAGCAUCAUUAGAUAAAUUUGUGCUGCUUUCCCAGGCUGAGGCAGAUUCACUGAAAAGUAGAGCCAAGGGAGCACAAAAUCUUAACCUCCAUCUUCAAGAAAAUGACAUUGAACUACGCAGGGAAAGAAAGCGAUCAAAAGAGUUGGAGAAACUCCUUCUAGACGCUCAUAAACAUAUUGGAGAAUUGACUCUUAAACAGAAACAUGGAACUUGUGAAGAGAGACCUGACAAAAAUGAGAGUAGUGGACCAGGUAUCAUCUGUCUCACAGCUUGUUUCGUCUAAUCCACUGACAUCUGAGUCCAGCCUCCAGAUAGAUGGAGGUCCUGUUUCCUAUAACGGAAGCUUAACCAAGAGCACAUCUAUUCAUCAAGUCAUACCUCAGGGUAAGGCACACCAGGUCACAUACCCAGAGCCUCGUAUAUUCAAGUUUGGAAACGAAAUAAACUUAAAACCAAGCCUUAAAGAAAACUUGGAUUCCAAGAUGAAGGGAAAUCUGAUGGAUGAGUCAAGAUGUGGCUUUGACACCAAAGAUUCUGUUAAAGAGUCUGUAGCUGGAGUCUCAGUUCAGUACUUCAACAAUUUAAAAAUGGAAUUGAUAAAAACAAAGAAACAACUACAACGUGUUCUUCAGCAGACCCAUACAGAUUUAAAUCAAGUUGAGAUGCAAAGACACAUCCAUCAAAAGAUGGGAGCUUUAGAAGAGCAGUUUAAAGGUGUGAAAAAAGAAAGAGAUAUGUUAUUGGAGGAGGUGAAAAGUCUCAAAACCAAUCUUACCUUUUACAAGACAAAACUUCAUCAAAACAUAGAGGGAGCAACUAUCAACAGCGAGCCAAGUGAUUCCUUGUCUUCAGGCUGCCUGUACAACUCCAGAAUGUCAGAGAUGUCUGACAGUGCUUGUCAGACAAGUCCCUUCCUGAGACCAUUGGUGUCCAGUAAUAGGAGCAACGGCAAUAACUUGAACACUGAAGACAAUGUCACUGAAAAACAUAUGACAGAUAAGAGAAUGUCACCUGAUCCACAACAAGUGAUGAAGGACUCUCAUAAUCAGAUACAGAGACUGACAAGACAGCUGGAGGAUCAACAGCUCCUUAAUGAACAGAUCAUCAAAGAGAAUAAGGAUAUAAAGAAGUCAUACCAGCAGCUCCUUAAGAGUGUUCAAGAUAUGGAGCGGCAUCAGGAACAGACAGAUCUGAAAACCAAAAUAAUGCAACUUGAGAAAGAAAAUGUGAAAAUCAAGAAACUGAUCGCUGAAUAUGAAGAAGACAACAACCAAUUUUUAUCUAUGAUUGAAGUUAUCCAGAACAACUUAUGUAAGGAAAAAGACAGAGCGAUGCAGCUUGAGGCCACUCUAAGAGAGGAACAGCGAUGUCAUGGACUCAGCAAACACAACCUCUACGGCAUGUAUGGUACCCUUAAAACAAAGUAUGAUCGACUUGCACAUCAGAAGAACUUGCUUGAACAAAGGUUGGCUAAUUCAUCAACUGGAGGUGCCCGACAUGUAGUCAUGGAAUCAGGAGGAAGCCCAGAUAGAUUAAUUACACCACAAUCUUCCACAGAGUCGGAUCCCACCCUGCCUACUGAAGAAAUCCACAUUUAUGAGAAUGUUGCUAGGACAUUUGAACCAUUACGAAAUCCGCCAGUUGACAAUAGGCUUCAACAUAUUCCUGUUUCCUCGGGCGAUCCUGAUCGGAUUGUGUCUGUCCGGGAGCCCGUGGAAUCAACACAUCCAUAUGAUGAUGACCUGUCACAAAACAGAUCAAGCACUCCUCAAAGUAAUUUGCCAGUCAGUAACCCUUCGCAGUAUCUUUGUAAACGAUGUUUAAAUGAGUUUGAUGUGGAAAUGGAUUUUCUCUGCCAUAUUGAAAAAUGUCUGAUUGAUUAACAUUUAUAUUAAAACAUGCCUGCUUUAUUCUGAAUAGAAUGUGUUUAGCUGAUAAUCACACAUGAACUUUGCAGAUUUCACAAACAACCUAAACUUUUAUAUUUUUCAAGUUAAGUCUGAAAAGUUCUGCUUAUCAUGUGUGUAAAAAGUUAGUUUGGCUUUAAGGUCACUUGAGACAGACCUAUUGAGAUCACAUUUUGUCCGUGGUGUUUCAUAAACAAUCAAUAUUUUUGACUUCUUAUUAACCAAUGAAUGGAUUUUUUUAUUAAACUAGCCAAAAAGAUUCUUUGUGGAAAGUAUCUUGCGUUGUUAAAAUUAUGUCACUUCUCUCCCUAGGGGUUGAUAUGGGAUUUUGAAAAGAGGAUCAUUUUUUAAUUCUUUAUCAUCGUCUUCUGUUGUUAUGGAAACAGCACAGUUAAAUGGAAUUUGCAGUAGAUACCUUAGGAAUCAGAAUUGUCCAAGCCAAGCCACUGGGGUUGUCCGUUUGAUCCUGUGGAGAGGAUGCAAUUUACUGUUACUGAAGUUCAUAUACAAAAAUCACAUCUUUAGCCAUCAUAUGAAUUGCCUUUGGAGAGAUUUCAAACUUAAGUUUUAAUAGAAGAAUCUGUUUGGGAUGGCAGUUUAAUGGUAAAUAUAUACAUAAAGGCACUGUUUGGGAAUCCCUUCUGGUUGUGUCUUUCAAUGUUUUUGAUUGGGUAAUAUUUUUGGGAUGUGUUAUUCUUAAUUACAUUACCUGUACACCACUCAACGGUCUAUAUGGAGUGAUAAAACACUGCAUGUGCAUUUAGAGGCAUAUAACUAAACUUAGCUAUAAAGCUGUUUCUGCAUCUUUCUAUUCCUUUAGAGUCUGGUAUGUAGGAAUACAUUUUGGCCUCAAUAAGACCUCUAAAUUAUUUCGUAUUUGGUGGUAUUUUCCAAUUGUAGGCAUGAUGUUGUCAGUAAUCCCAUUUUUUAAUUUGGGUGGUAAUUUUUUAUUAUAGACAUGAUAUAGUCGGGCCAUUACUGUGUAUAUUUAUCCGGAGGGUUGGCCACUGGGUGGGCAUCUUGAUACGAGAUAUAUAGGGGAUAUUCACUUGUGAAAAUAUCAAUAUUCUGUCAUAUUCUUGAAAUAUAUUUUAUAUUAACCGGGAAAGUAUUCAGUUUUCUUUUUAUUGCAUUUUAUUUACUUAAAAACAAAUUUAAAAACAUCAAAAAUUAAAAGUGUCAAAAAGUGUGGGAAUUAACACAAUUCAUGAUGUCAUCUCUUUGUGACGUUACUCCACGUCAACUUGACGGCGCCAUAUUGAAAGGACUGAUUAAAGCAAUUAAAGCGUUUUCUGCUGUUAUCGCAGAAUCUGCAUGAAUAGCUUACGUCAAGUGAGUAUUUUGUCAAAAACUAGUCUGAAUACUUCAGAAAUACAGCAAAAUAACCAAUUUAACUAUCUUCGCUUCGACUGGAAAUAUCGGCAAGUAUCAAUGAGGUGAAUACCAAGGUUUACUCUGAUUGGUCAAAAACGAAAAACUUCUAUUUUCACUCUACAAUCUUAUAUUUUCACUGCUCAUCGCUGCGGUGAAAAUAUAAGUUUAUUAGUUUGAUAAAUUUCCAAAUUUCACUGGCAAAAAUGCAAUAAAAAGGUCUCUCGCAUGGUUUAAGUACAUUAGCAUUGUGUGUAUAUACUUUGUCAUCAUGUUUCAUCUUUAAAUCACUAUUGCAGUAUGUACAUAAUAAAAACUGGAACUUUA